CUUUCCGGGGUUAACCAUAGAAACGACUCUACAUUCUUCAAUUUUAAAAGAUUCCAAAUUUUCAGUGCCAUUUACAAAAUGUCUUGCGAUUGUCAGUUCAGUGUCGGUUGGAGAACUCUGAGCAAGAACGUUAUGGACGGGUUGGGGCAGGUAUGUUGUGGGUACGUGUUCCCGCUGGGUGUCUACUGCACCACUAUCGGGGUGCUAGGGGUUGUGCUGACCACCCUGGACAUUUACCGGGUGUUGGCGGACGGUGCGGUGCUGUCUGACCGCGUGUGGACCAUGCGUCGACCGGAUGCGGGUGGAGAUCAGCCAAUCAGCGAGCAGAAGGAGAGGGACGUGAAGCUGAUGACCGCGGUAGUGGAGUGGACGGCCUACAGCUGUCUGAUCAUCGGUGGAUUUAACUGCAACCCGUACUUCCUCAUGCCGUGGCUACUUCUGCGAUCUCUCAUCCUGAUGUCCUUCCUCGUCCUCUUCUGCAUGGGCCUCCUCCAGCAACAGCCCAUGACGGUCUCCACCAUGGGUCUUCUCAGCGGGCUCCUGGAGAUACAUAACUACCUCUACGUCUGCUGCCUCUUCAGGCAACUGCUCUCUGGCCGCCGCUGCUGAUGUGUUUCCCUAAUUCAUAAACGGUUCGAUACUGUCUGC